CCGCAUGUUUGGUUUGGAUGUUGUUGUCUUUUCUAAUAUAGUAUCCUGCCUUUCACAAAUGGAUAUAAAACGUUAUUCAUAAAAAACAAAAUCUCAUGAUAAAAGGGGGUGUUUCACCCUAUUGGUUGGACAUAAUACACUUUCCAGCGCUAAAAUGUCUUGUUUCACGAAAAAGCUUGAAGUGUGUACUUUUAUCUGCUGCUGUUGGUGGUGCAGUCUUUAGUGCUUUGUACUAUUGGCUCAAGUCCAGGAGCUCUUCGAAAACUUCUACUCUCCGUUCAGAAGUUGUUGGUGAUUUGGAUGAUCUCGAUACACUUGUAAAUGUUGCCGAUUACUACUCUCAAACAAAACUAUCAAGUAAUCGAAGCGCCAGAUCUGUUUUAUCUAGAACUUCAAAUCUCAGCGAAAAUCACCUGACGCUGUCAAGGUCAAGAAAAUCUUCACUUCCAUUUACGACUAACGAUUCCGAUGUAGAUGGCUCAUGUUCGGGAUUAGAUUAUAGAAAAUUAGGUCUCCAUGCUUUAGCCGGAGUCGUCGAACAUCUAGAAUCUCUUAUGUCCAAGGUUAAAAUUCUCGAGGACAAAGGAUUAUCAGCCCCAUCAUCAAACUCAGAGCAUUUGAUCAAUGACCUGCGUAUUCUUUUGGAACAUGCUUAUCGUUUGCGUGAACAGUACAAGCAGCAGUUGGUUCACGACGAUAGUUAUCCACAGGAAUCAAUGGGGUCUUCAACGACUUCCCAGGAAGAUACCUCCUCAUUUUUCUCGGCUUCUGAACAACUAGACUUAACAGAGCUAGAACUUUUAAUGCAGUUUAACGUUCGUAGGCCUCUUUAUUACAAUGCUUUGAAGUUGUUAAACGAAGGUGAAGUUCCAUAUCGCUCUCUUCGAACACAAUUCGUGGGGUGUGAACUUGACAUUGAAUAUCUGGGCAAGGUCCAUUGCCUUCGUCAAGCAUUUGAUUAUAUUUUCGACUGUCAUGAACCAACUGUUUGGUUUAUCGAGGUUGGGAAACGUAAUGUUUGUCGUUUACUGUAUUGCCUUGGGUAUCCCUUGACGGAUUUUGAAGGGAAUUAUGACCACCUUAUGGAAUUCAUUAUUUCUCAAAAAAAUAAAUCAAACAACAUGAUGGCCGAGGAACUAUUCGCUAAAGGUGUAAAAAUAGUCAAUUUUUAUGAUAUCGUCAUUGAUCUAAUGCUUCUAGAAGCUUUUGAAUUAUUAGCUAAUCCACCUAGUUCUGUAUUAUCUGUCACUAGACAUAAAUGGUUAAGUGAUAAUUUUAAACGUUGCGCUCUUGAUUCAACUGUUUGGACUAUUCUAUUAGCUAAACGAAAAUUAUUAAAAUAUCCAGAUGGAUUUUAUGCACAUUAUUAUAGUAUGGUUGGUACAGUUUUGCCUGCAUUAGCUUGGGGUUUUCUUGGACCAAAUGAAAAUUAUUUUCAUAUAUGUGAUCGUUUCCGUGAAAUUAUUAUAUCAUUUAUUCGUGAAUCAUUUAUAUGUUAUGAUGCAUCAACAUCAUCUACAUUAUCAAGAAUCUCUUGUUCAAAUGGUUUACCAUUAUAUUUCAGUGAACAUUCCAUAAAACAUGAUACAUUUGAUAAAAGUAUUUUCAAUAAUUAUUCAUUAGAUAAAAACUUGAUGAAUUCUACCAUCGAUUCAAAUGAUAGUAAUCAUGAUUAUAAUAAUCAUAACAGUGAUGAUAAUAGCAGUGCAGGUACUACUAUAUCUGAAUCUGGUCCUACAAUAGUGUGUCAAUCAGAUCAAUUACCACAAACAAUUUCACCGAAUACAAUUCAUCGUCAAAUUGGUUUACGUUAUACAACUGUAGAAGAUUUAGCUAAUGAUUUAUAUAAAUUAAUUAAUGUUUAUUCUCAAGAUUUAUUAAACAUGUUCAUUGAUGAACUGAAAUUAUCUGAAAAUACGUUACCAGUUGAAUUGGAAUCAAAUCCUGUCCAACCGAUACUAUGUCGUAGAGUUGAAUAGCAAACAGCUGAUAAAUUACUUAGCAGAAAUAUGUUUUUAAUUCCCAUUUAUUUCUACUGUUUUAUAUAAACUCUUCGUACGUUGUAUGUACAUAUGCAUUUAUGAAUGUAUGAUGGACUUCUUUUGCUCUAGUAUUUAUUUAUUCAUGUCAAUUAUGAAGCAUUC